AUGGAGAACGGGAGUGAUAAGGUACUCGGGACGGGACGGGACGGGACGGGACGGGACGGGACCCUUACAGAGGUGUGUUCGCAUUUAGCGAUCGAUCUGCCCGUGGUAUUUUCCAGAGCUUUCCUUGUAGACACACGUAUAAACCGUCUGUUUGUUUGCAACACUGAAAUUUCAAGGCAGAGGUCUCACUGCUAUGUAACGAACGAUGGGAAAACAUGGACAGCGCUGAACUUCCAACUUCUCACCGUACUUGGUCUCGACAAAGAGGGAAAUCUUCACGGCGUUUAUCUAAAUGGAAAGAUUUUCCUCUCGUGCAGACAAAACGGCCAAGGUGAUUGCAAUGUUGAAUCGGCUGAGAGCUGGUACCGAGUCCGGGACGAACCUGAGACUAUAACCGCGACUGAAGUACCACACAUAGCCGAGACGGGUUUGGAUCACACAGAUGUUCCCGAUCGACAUACUCUCACCCUGAAAGAUGGCCUUGGCCGCUCUUGGGGAGCUUCAUCCCGAGGGAUCCACCUCUCAGCGCCAUUGGAUGAACCAGUUUGGAAAUUAGUGUUAACAUGGCGGGACUACG